AUGAUGGGCAUGCCUUUGCAAGAGCUGCUCGAAGCGCUGCCGAUCGGUACUUUGCCGCCGGCGAACCCGACGAUUCGCGGCAUCAGCCAGGAUUCGCGGACCGUCGAGCCCGGCGAUUUGUACGUGGCGAUCGUCGGUGAGCAUUUCGACGGCCGGCGCUUUGCGGCGGACGCGGCUGCCAACGGAGCCGUCGCGGUGCUCGGCCCGCCACCAGCAUCCUCACAGGUCGAGCUGCCGUGGGUCGAGAGUCGCGAGCCGCGAUUGGUGUUGGGUCCGCUGGCGUCGCGGUUGUAUGGCCACCCGGACCGCGAGCUGUUGCUAGCCGGCAUUACCGGCACCAAUGGCAAGUCGACAGUGGUGGCUUUGCUGGCGGCGAUUCUCGAAGCUGCCGGCCGGCCGGCGGGCCGAUUGGGUACGCUGGGCUAUGUGUUCGGCGACCAGAGCUACGCCGGAAAGCACACCACCCCCGAAGCCCCGGAAUUUUUCCGCGCCCUGCGGCUGAUGCGCGACGCCGGUGCCGCCGCGGCGGUGAUGGAGGUGUCUUCCCACGCUCUCGAUAUGGGGCGGGUCAACGGGGCGAGCUUCGCGGUGGCUGCGUUCACCAACUUGAGCCGUGAUCACCUCGACUUUCACGGCGACAUGGAGGCCUACUUCGCCGCCAAGCGGGAGCUGUUCGCCAUGCUGGGGAGCUCGGGCCGGGCGGUGGUUCAUCUGGGCACCGACUAUGGCCACCGCUUGGCCAGCGAGUUAGGUGGCCAAGUGCUGACCUGCGGAGCCGGCGGCGCGGUACGGAUCGACCAGGCGGAACUAUCUCUGACGGGCACUCGCGGCGUGUUGCACAUGCCGAGUGGCCUGCUCGAGUUUGUCUCACCGCUCCUGGGUCGCUUCAAUCUGGAGAACUUGCUGACCGCCGCCGCCGCCGCCGAGGCUCUGGGCUUGCCGCAUUCGGCGAUUGCCGAGGGGCUCGAGAGCUGUGUGCCGCCGCCGGGCCGGCUCGAGCGGGUGGCCAACCAGCGCGGCUUGACGGCACUGAUCGACUACGCCCACACCCCGGCCGCCCUGGAGGCUGCCCUGGGUUCGGUGCGGGAGUUGGCCAAGGGUCGGAUCUCGGUGGUCUUCGGUGCUGGUGGCGAACGCGAUAUCGGCAAACGGCCGCAGAUGGGACAAAUUGCCGCCAAGCUCGCCGACCGGGUGGUCCUGACUUCCGACAAUCCCCGCGGCGAAGAUCCGCAGGCCAUCCUCGCCGACAUCCGGGCCGGGGUCGAGCAGGUGGCCGGUGCCAGCUGGGCUGAAGAACCCGAUCGGCCGAUUGGCGAUCCGCCGGGCAAUCGGUGA